AUGUCCUCAGUCGAACCGCUCAAGGCGCCUGCUGAAGGCCUGCGCAACAGAGCCAGCAAGCAACAGACUCCAGUCCACAGCAACUCGCCCAUCGAAAAAGGCGACAAGACGGACAAGAAGGAUGACAAUGCUGCGGACCGACAAGCCAAAGUACUUGGCAGGACACCUGAUGGCACCCUCUUCACCGUCCCCCACACCCCGGACAUGCUCUCCUCGAUCUUUGACCCACGUCAACCCAAAACCCCUCUCGACAUCCUCACCAUUGUCGCUCUUACCUUCCAACUCCUCCUCUAUUUCAUCCUGUCCCGUCGAUCAUCCCAAAUUUUCUUCUUCCUCUACUUCACCUUCUGGCGAGCUUCCUACAACGCCGGUCUGGGUUACAUCCUCAAACAGCAAUCCGAAAAAGGCUGGAUCAUUCGUCAAGUAAAACACCACGGCUGGCUCGAUCCCACUCGUCGACCUCGUGUUCACACCUGGGUGAAACAACAACUCAUUACCAAAAUGGAUCCCGACUAUGUCUUCGAAGCUAUGCCACUGGACUACAACGUCUGGCUCAUGUUCCGUAGCAUAGUCGACGCGGUCCUUCUGAACGAUUUCGUCGCUUACUCUCUCUUCGCUUUCUCCUGCAUCCGACUCCCCGAGGGCCACUCGCUCGCAAUGCACCUUUUGCGCUGGGUAGCAGGAUGCGCGUUGAUCUUUUUCAAUCUCUGGGUUAAAGUCGAUGCGCAUCGAGUUGUGAAGGAUUACGCUUGGUAUUGGGGCGAUUGCUUCUUUCUAUGUUUGCAAAGUUUGGUGUUUGAUGGGGUGUAUGAGAUUGCUCCGGAUCCGAUGUAUAGUAUUGGAUAUGCCGGGUAUUACGGAUUGUCGUUGGUGAGUGGCAGUUAUGCGGUACUGUUUGUGAGUUUGGCGGCACAUGCAAGUCAGUUUUUGUUCAUGACUUUCUUUGAAGGGCCUCAUAUUGAAAGGACGUAUGGGGAGAGGAAACCGAUUGCUGCGAGAGUGCCGUUAAGGCAGGCACCGUUUAAUGCGGCUAGUAGAAAGGCUGCGCUUUCUGUUCCUCCUGAGGAGGAGGAGGUGGGAGGUGUUGCGGUUACGGCUGAUGCCAAGGCAGGUGGUGGUGGUGUAGGUGGGGAAUUCGAAAACCCAAGCCUAAGCCAGACCGAAGCUUCAACCGCUCUAACCACUGAAGACGAAAUAUCAGAUGACGAACAAACCCUAGCAUUCAAACGUACCAUUCUUCGCGCCUCUUCCUCUUCCAACGAUGCUAUUCGACAACACUCGCACCCUCCGUCAUCUCGCCCCAUCACCACCUUGCACGACCUUCACCAUCGGAUUUUCCGGAAAGACACCGUCGUCUACCGCAACCUAGACCCCAUGCGGGCAAAAGACUUGCUCCUUAUCAUCGCUUCCCUCUAUUCCCUAUUCCCACUCAUCCUUCCCACCCUCGGCCGCAACUCCCGCUUAACGCUCCUCUUCGUGAAUGCGUUGAUUUGGCGUGUAUUCCACUCCUUUGGUCUCGGUUUGGCCCUCCGUAGACAGUCAGAAAGCAAAUGGGUCGUCCGCCACUUCUUAAAGCAUUAUCACUACACUCAACCCUCGGACGCCGUCUUUGAAGCUUUUGCCAAUUGGAAGAUCGUCUAUAACACCUCUCUCGUCCUCACUUACAUUUCCUUCUCUGCGCUGGCGUUCAACUGCUAUACGCCGAUCGGACACCCGGAUUGGACUGUUGGACCUGAACUUCUCCGCCAUACCCUCGGCUUGCUCCUAAUCGCACUCCAUAUUUGGACCGCAAACUCAUCAUACCAAGUCCUCGGACCCUUCGGCUGGCUAUACGGCGAUUUCUUCGUAGACGAAUACCCCCACCAACUAUACUAUACCGGCAUCUACAGAUUCCUUAAUAACCCAGAGAGAUCGAUGGGUGGUGCGGCAUUUUUCGGCCUUGCUCUAAUAUCCGGGUCUAAACUCACUCUCACUAUGGCGAUCAUCUCUUACAUUUCCCACUGGAUCUUUUUAUCGUCCGUCGAAGGUCCGCACAUGCGAAAGCUGUACGGAGAAGCAGCACUACGCAAAGACUCGGGUCUGACGAAACAGCUUAAAUCUCAAUGGGUCGCCGCCCGGGGCUCCGAUCUGUUCAAACUCGCACAGGAGAGUACAGCGGUACGAAACGUACAAGGGACUAUCGAGAAGGUGCAAAAAGAUGCAGCUGAAGUGUUUGAAGAAUUCUUUAAACAAUCUAGACCGAGAUUGGAAGGGAUGUUGGAAGAGACGAAAGUUCUGUUGCAACAGAGUAAGGAUCGGUUGCUAAUCGUAAGGGUGGAUGCUGAUUUGAAUUCUUUGGAUAGGUCCAAGUAUGGCUUGGAGGUGAACGGUGGCGAGAGGUUCCAUCUGGGUCAAAAGAUUCAAGUGCGGUGGAAAGCGCCAGGAAAUCAUUCUAGAAGGGAUUGGAUCGGGAUUUAUCUCCUCUCCCGUUUCGGUUCGGUGGAGAAGGAAGGAGAGGGGGAGAGCGAGGGGGGAAUGGUAACAAAGAUCAGUAGUCAAGGUAAAUGGGUUGGUGUUGUGGAAGAUGAAUGGGAAGGAGAUGCUCCUCAGUCCGCUUCAAACUCUUCUGCUGCCUCCAAGGGGAAGGAGGAAGGGGAGGCGGUGAGUGGAGUUGCGGUGUUGAGUGGCAACAAGCUUCCCUGGACACCGGGUUUCUAUGAGCUGAGAUACCAUCACGAUGCGAAACAUAAUGUUCUUGCUCGCUCCCCUCCCAUUGAGAUCUAUGUUAAUCGCCUUCCACCUUCGCUCUCAGGAGCAGAGGAACUCGAUAAAACAGCCGAAAUCAUCCGCGAGAUUGUUAGGUAUUCCACUCCGGCAACCAACCCGACUCGGCUCAGCAUUACUUCGCCACAGCCUCAAGUCAAAUUGCUGUCCAAGAAAGGAGUUGGGGAAGAGGAAGCGGUAGAGUUAGAGGGGGAGCCGCUGGUCGGAGAGGGUAAGAACCGAGAUGAUUUUACUAUAUGGGAUAGAGAUCAGGCUGACAAGAUCAGUAAGGCGAUCAAAUGGGCCUUCCACAUCGAGCUUUCGCCCGAAGUCAUUAUCGCAGAAGCAAACGUCAAGCGGUUGGCAUUGGACGUUGUUGAAGGUCGAAGGGUGCUCCAGCCCAACUUGACACCCCUCAUGAGCUAA